UAAAUAUAUAUGGUAUUUUUAUAUUAGAUAAUCUCGAUUGAAACGUAUAUAUGUACAUUUAUUGCCAAUUUAUGGGUAUCUUCAAAAUACUUUAAAAUUUAAUCGAAUUAAGUUAUAUUUUUAUAUACCUUAAAUACAUAUGUAUUUGUGAAUACAAGUCCGAUAGUUAAGUGAUACUUUUUGGCACAAAAUAGGUAAUGGUAUCGGGUAACAAAUUGUGAUGUAAAAUUAACAAAAAGUAAAGCAACUAAGUAAAUGAAAAUCGAAAUAUAUCUAAAUCAGUAUGUCUCCAUUACUAUUUGGAGAGAGUGACACCACAAAUAUGCGAAUAAUGAAUUUCCAUUACCAAUAUAUCGCGAAACCGUAACGUGUGCCUUAUUCCGGCCUUAAGUUUAAAUGAUAUUCAGUAACACAUGAAAAAUAAGUUAAAUCAGAAUUAUAACCUUAUUAUUAUAUAAUCGUCGAAUGUAAACGCCCACUAGAAUUUCAACGAAUGUAAUUUCAUAUAAUAUUACCAGCGCUGCAACCGUCAUCAUAUUGUAAUCAUGAUCAACGUAUACUUUCACGGAGACAUGAUAUGAAAUUACGAUGUUUUGGCCAGGUCCAAACCACUAGAAGUUGCCAGCCGAGAGUUAAGUUCAGGGUCAGAAGCAAUCGUCCUGUUGGUCUACUAGAUCAGUCAAGACCUGUGAGCAGGGAAAACAACAUUGGCAUACUCGUAAAAAAAUUGUUCCGAAUGUUUAAAAUGGACGGCGCAGACUUCUGGCAGCAGGCACGGGCCCCAUUUGGCUUGCAAACGGCGCUUCAUCAGUACAAUUCGCCACCGAAUCAACAGCCACAACACCAUCCCACAGUGCACCACUCCAUUUCACAGGAGCACGAGCUGUUGGCCGAAGUCCACUCAGGUGUCCCCAUUAUGGGCUCGGGUCCAGUGAACAGCAGUAGCUCAAUUGUCUUAUCCAGCCCUCAUCCUCAUCUGGGCAAAGUUGAGUCCAGCCACAUACUGCAACAGCACCCGGAGCAACAGUCAUACGUGGGAGACUCCUUUCGUGGUUCGCAGUCGCCCCAGCUAAGCAGCCACCACCUGUUGUUUAAUGCGGCUGCGGCAGCGGCUGCGGCGGCACACCUUAAAUCUACAGCCAUGCAAAACAACCUUUCACCAAUAGCGGACCAGACGCCGAAUUCCUUGCGCAACUAUGGCCAUAGCUCCUUGAAUGCCUUAUGUGGGAUCAAGCCCAAACAGGAGAUGGAUGCUAGGGCAACCCCCCAGUCGAUCGACGAGUGCCGCCAGCCGCUGGCUCAUCCGCAGGCCCAGCCUUUAUACGGCGGAGAUUUCUACGAUGUAGGGGAGGCACAGGCAAGAGAAGCUUCCGAAGCAGAGGGACGAGCGAUGACCAUUGAAAUUCGCGAAUGUAAUACGGAGUCCGAUGAAUUAAAAUCCAACUUACAGACUCACCAGCAGCAGACAGCAGGCCAAGCCUCGCAAGCGCCUCAAUAUAAGUCAAUGUCACCCGGGACAGGAGGCAGCUCUAAUUCAGGGGCACUAACAGGACCCAGACCAGGGGCAACAAUGAUCAACAAGACCUUGUCGCAAGGUCAGCAGUCUCCGCAGAACUGCACAACGCCAUCCGCUGGUAGCACGACGCCCGACAUCAAAUACAACAACGACAAAAUGACAAGUGAAAUUCAGCUUCAGCUUUCCCGGUCGAGCAGCGCCGCCGCGAUCAGUGAACGCACCCUUGAAGAAUGUUGGUCAACCCUACAACGACUUUUCAUGCACAAAAGCGCGAUGCAGCAAAUUCAGCAGCAGAUUCCACGCGUCGGUCUAGGAACCCACGGCGUGACCGGUACGACUAAUUUGGUAGGCAACAUCACGCCCGGCUCGGAUACUAAGCCGCACCAGUGCCAACAAUGCAUGAAAAGUUUUUCCAGUAACCACCAGCUCGUGCAACACAUCCGAGUGCACACUGGAGAGAAGCCGUACAAGUGCUCCUACUGUGAUCGUAGAUUUAAGCAGCUAUCGCAUGUCCAGCAGCAUACUCGGCUGCACACAGGAGAACGACCCUAUAAAUGUCACCUGCCAGAUUGCGGUCGAGCUUUCAUACAACUUUCGAAUCUUCAGCAACAUUUACGUAACCAUGACGCUCAGGUAGAACGUGCAAAAAACCGUCCAUUCCACUGCAACAUUUGUGGAAAAGGUUUUGCCACAGAAUCUAGCCUGCGAACACACACAUCUAAGGAGCUGCAGCUGCACCUAGGUGUCCUGCAACAGCAUGCCGCCCUAAUAGGUGGUCCUAACGCCACGUCCUGCCCUGUGUGCCAUAAACUGUUCCUUGGUACCGAAGCUCUUGUGGAUCAUAUGAAACACGUCCAUAAAGAAAAAAAUACUGCCCCUGGUGGAUCAGCCUUAUCUCAUUUCAACGAUCUGAAUCAGGACGCUACAGGCAGUGAGAGCGGAAAUGGAACUGGAACUACCAACGAACAGAUUUCCGCGCAAUGCACUUCUGAAUCUAACUGCGCUCAGAGCUCUCAACUGACUACAGCUGGUUGCUCCAAUUUUAUCGACAGUUAUCUAGGCAAAAGAAGGACAGCGAACCAUCCCUGUCCAGUAUGUGGCAAACAUUACGUCAACGAGGGAUCCCUAAGAAAACAUCUAGCAUGCCACGCCGAGAACUCUCAACUUACAAACAGCCUGAGAAUGUGGCCGUGUAGCGUUUGCCAGGCAGUCUUUACUCAUGAAAAUGGCCUUCUAACACACAUGGAAUCGAUGCGCAUGGAUCCGAAACAUCAAUUUGCGGCUCAGUACGUUUUGUCUCGAGCAGCUGCGGAACAACGGGAACGGGAAUCCCUCCUAGCUGUAACCUUGGCUGCCAGCAGUGCCACCGGUAACAGAAUUGGAAUUGUAGAUGCCGGAAACGUUUUGCCAAUGGGUGCCCACAAUUCGGAGGGAUCAAUCUCAAAGUGUCCUUCACCUUCCGCAAACUCCGAAUGCUCUUCGAACGGUCGUUUAACGUCGUCAACAACGUCUGAUCAAGAUCAAGACGUCGAACAUGGAUUGAGUGAGAAUGAGAGUAGCAACCAGAACAACGUAACCAGCCUGAAUAACAACAAUUGCACAUCCAACAACUCCAGCUCAAAUAAGAUAGCUGAGCUUCGACUUCCGGGAUCAGGCCAAUAUCCCAUAGAUGCAGAUUUGCACGUUGCUAACCGAAUGUCUCUGAUGGCCGCAGCUGCCGCAGCCGUUGCUGCUUCGCGGCCACAGGACGGAGUCGAAGCCUCAGCAGUACCCAGCGCGGCGGUGCAAGCAGCUGUGGUUAAUUUGGCCGCUGCCAUGCGAAUGAACAAUCCUACUAGCAAUGGCCCUAGCCCUUACCAACAGCAUCACGGUGAUCACACUCAUUCACACCAUUCUCAUCCUCAUCAUCAUCAACAAAACCAACAGCAACAGUUGCCCCAUUUGCUGGUACACACUCACCCCAGCAACAGCAACUCGCGCUCACAGCGGUCUCCAAACUUAAAUGUGCCAAAUUUGCAGAACGAAUCAUCUGCAAUGAACAUAAAUGUGCAUAUGAUGCGCGGUGGCCUCGACCCUGAUCAAAACCAAGGAGGAAUUCAUGAUAUAGACGUUCUUCACCAACAGCAGCAGCACCACCAGACGUCCAACUUUUCGCAGCACGCCGCUGCUCCUACAAAUCUACAAACCCCAUCACACCCCCAGGCGCAUCACACUUCCCACCACCAUUCGGAUUCGGAUACAGCGCUCCGUAUGCACCAGGCUGAAGUGAUUUUGCGGUCGCAUUCCGAAGCUGCGUUUCGACUAGCAACUGCCAGUGGUCCUGGUCCUGGAGUAAAAAGCGACAACAACAAUGCUAGUGUAAUGCCUAGCAACAACGACCAUCAACAUAGAUUUCAUUCGCAGUCGCAUCAACAGGAACAUCAAAUGCCAUCCAACUCAUGAAGUUCGGCGAUUGAGUCCUCUGGGACAGAUGUGGAUUGAGGAUAAACACAGAAUUGAGUACAACGAUUUCUUAUUGCUUCGAUUGCGUUUGAAACAAUAGGAUUUAAGACAUUUGAAUGCGUAAGCAUGUAUUACUAAUUUAAUUUCUGGACGAGAUAUUGAUGCAAAUUAUUUUAUGUUUGUAUGUAUGUUUAAGCAGGCAACAUAGGCCUAAGCAAUAAAGCGACCCCAUUCAUUGUGCAAUAGUAUAACCAAAUGUCAAUGUGUGCAGAUAAAUAUAUGUAAAAACUUUUGUGUUAUGUUUACGUUUAUUAUAAGAGUAAAGAUAAAUGCCC